UCAAGCAAAUUAUAUUGCCUUAAUUCUCUGUAUAUCAUUUAUGAAAUCUAUCUGUAAAGAUUUAACAUUCUUUUUUAAGUUUUACUAAAAAUCAUUUAAAGGGACUUUUCCUUUAUAUAAACUUAUCAAGUUGUGUUAGUUAGAAAUGAAGUUGAAAGACGAGUUUUCACCAGGAAAAGUUUAAGCAUGUUUGGUUUUCAGCUACCACUAAGCAGCUUCACAAAUUAAACACUCCAACCCUCAAUUUUAUAGUUUUGGUUGUGAUUAAACAGAUGGAAUUUUCCGACUACACACAGAUCUUAUUCAAUAGAAUCAAGAAAAUUGAUCCUGAAAAUGUUUCAAAGAUCAUAGGGUAUCUACUGUUGCAAGACUAUGGUGAUCAAGAGAUUGUUCAAUUAGCUACUUGUCCUGAUAUAGUUAUGCAGGAAGUUAUUUAUAAAUCAAAGCUUGAACUGCAACAACUACCAUUUAAAUCCGCUUCACCCCCCAUAUCGCCUUCGAUGAACUCGGUCCCUACUCUUGAAUUGCCUUCACAAUUCUCUUCCUUUUCACCACCUGUUUCCCCAUCUGUUUCCUCUAAGCUUUUUUUGUCUCCUAGAAGUGUUCAGGUUACAUCCCCUUACUGGGACCAACAGCUUGUAGCUAAACAUAGCCCGGAUUUUACGACAUCUGGUUACUUGGAUUCCGUGUCUGAUUUGCAGGCUCAUACUCAGUUAUUGAGUUUGGAAGAUCCAAUAGAGUUUGUUGAAAAUGGAGGAUUUUCGAUGGCUAAUCAUGACGUUAAAGUAGGACGCCGGUAUCAAAAUCUGCCUAGCUUUCCUGUUAAGACUUGUCAUUAUUUCAACAAAGGGUACUGUAAGCAUGGAAGUAACUGUAGGUACUUUCAUGGUCAAGUUUCGGAUAACUUCCCUCAAAUGUUUGUCCAUAAUUCGAUGGAUGCUGUUAGUGAAGAUCAUGUUAUGUCACUCGAGAAGUUGGAGGUUGAGUUAGUCGAGCUUCUGAAAACAAAGAGAGGGGAUCCGGUUUCCAUUGCAUCGCUGCCUUUGUUGUAUUACGAGAAGUAUGGCAAAGUUCUGCAGGCAGAUGGUUAUCUCACUGAGAGCCAGAGACAUGGCAAAGCAGGUUACAGUUUGACAAAGCUUCUUGCGAGGUUGAAAAACACGAUCCGAGUAAUAGACAGGCCUCACGGACAGCAUUCCGUCAUUUUGGCUGAAGAUGCUCCCAAGUACAUGGAAAACCGAAACGAUAGAAAUGAUCCAGGUCCGAUUGUAAGUGGAUCGAGACAGAUAUAUCUUACAUUCCCUGCUGAGAGCACUUUUAGUGAAGAUGAUGUCUCUAACUAUUUCAGCAACUAUGGACAAGUUGAAGAUGUACGGAUUCCCUGCCAACAGAAACGGAUGUUCGGGUUUGUAACCUUUGUCAGUGCGGAUACUGUGAAGAUGAUCUUGGCAAAAGGAAAUCCACAUUAUGUCUGUGGGGCACGUGUUCUUGUGAAGCCUUACAGGGAAAAAUCAAAGCUGGUUGACAGGAAGUACCCGGAAAGAAUUGAGUCUCCAAUGUUUUAUUCUCCACAUUAUAUUGACAUGGAAUCCGAGCUUCAGUCGAUUCCAAGAGGAUAUGCAACAUCUAGGUUGUUCAAGAAGCAGUUUAUGGAAGAUCCGGAGCAAAUCUUUCAACCUCCGAGGAGGCGCCUUUCGGAUAUGCAUUUGGCACAAAAGCCGCUGGCCAAUCAGUCCUUCUUUGCCCACUCCAUGAAUGAGUUGAAAGUCGUAGACGAUCAACUCAAUUUCCCGUCAGCCGAAUUCAAUUAUCUCUUGGAAGCUCUCAACACCAGCACUGCAUCAGAUGAAAAAAUCAAGCAUGUAGAAGCUGACAACAACGACCAGGAGAGUGACGGACUCAAUCUGCCAGAUAGUCCCUUCACUUCCGCCAUAGCUAGUGGCAUUUCCGCUGUCAUCUAGGCCCCUUCUCCCCCAAGCAACACACAUAAUAGAGAGAGAUAGUUAGUACCAGUUCCAAUGGUGACAAUCUGCUAAUUUAUACAUAAACAAGCCCUUUUACAUUCCCCCCCUUAACAUUUGCUUUGCAAAGUCAUCUGCAAGUACAUAUCAUCCGGAACAAAAGCCCAAAGGAAGGAUCUCCCCCUCUGUGAAGCAGCCGAAAAUAAAGAUGAAUAUGAUACAUACAAGUAUAUAUAAAGAAGGAUCUACAGUUUUUUAUGUUAAAAAUCACAGGGACAAGGCAAGAGAGGUAUGGAUCUUUAGAAGAGGAUGUAAUAUAGGUCCUUUUUCUUUUUUUAGGUGAAUCAACAAAAAAAGAAAUAGAGGAGUGUGCAGAGAGUUUCAAUUAUGUUUGGAAUCACUGUAACACCAGCAAUAGAUUUCAAAUAACUUCAACAGACAAAGGUAGCAACUUGUCAGCACUUUACACUCCCUA